CGCAGGCCCCCAGCGAGAGGCAUGUGGCUGCCCCGUAUCUCCAGCACGGCGGUGACCGUGCUCCUGCUGGUGCAGACCUGCAUCCUGCUUUUCCUGGUCUCCUGGCCCAGGCCGCCGUCCCCAGCCGGCGGCAAAGAGCGGGUGCACGUGCUGGUGCUGUCCUCGUGGCGCUCGGGCUCGUCCUUCGUGGGCCAGCUCUUCAGCCAGCACCCCGACGUCUUCUACCUGAUGGAGCCCGGGUGGCACGUGUGGACCACCCUGUCGCAGGGGAGCGCGCCGGCGCUGCACAUGGCCGUGCGCGACGUGGUGCGCUCCGUCUUCCUGUGCGACAUGGACGUGUUCGACGCCUACCUGCCGUGGCGCCGCAACCUGUCGGACCUCUUCCAGUACGCGGUGAGCCGCGCGCUGUGCUCGCCCCCCGCCUGCCCCGCCUUCCCGCGCGGCGCCAUCAGCAGCGAGGCGGUGUGCAAGCCGCUGUGCGCGCGGCAGCCCUUUAGCCUGGCCCAGGAGGCCUGCCGCGCCUACAGCCACGUGGUGCUCAAGGAGGUGCGCUUCUUCAACCUGCAGGUGCUCUACCAGCUGCUCAACGACCCGGCGCUCAACCUGCGCAUCGUGCACCUGGUGCGCGACCCACGGGCCGUGCUGCGCUCACGUGAGCAGACCGCCAAGGCGCUGGCGCGCGACAACGGCAUCGUCCUGGGCACCAACGGCACAUGGGUGGAGGCCGACCCCGGCCUGCGCGUGGUGCGCGAGGUGUGCCGCAGCCACGUGCGCAUCGCCGAGGCCGCCACGCAGAAGCCGCCACCCUUCCUGCGAGGCCGCUACCGCCUGGUGCGUUUCGAGGACCUGGCGCGGGCGCCGCUGCCAGAGAUCCGCGCGCUCUACGCCUUCGCGGGCCUGAGCCUCACGCCGCAGCUGCAGGCCUGGAUCCACAACGUCACGCACGGGUCCGGGCCCGGAGCGCGCCGCGAGGCCUUCAAGACCUCGUCCAGGGACGCGGUCAAUGUCUCCCAGGCCUGGCGCCACGCGCUGCCCUUCGCCAAGAUCCGCCACGUGCAGGAGCUGUGUGCCGGCGCGCUGCAGCUGCUGGGCUACCGGCCCGUCUCCUCCGAGAGCGAGCAGCGCGACCUCACCCUGGACCUGGUGCUGCCGCGUCGCCCUAGCAGCUUCAGCUGGGCGUCCUCCACGGAUGCACACCCCUAACCUUAGCGCACGCCCCUAUUUGCGGCGCUGGGG